CGCGAGACCAGUUUGUUUGGGUGAAGUUCGUCACGAUUAAAAAAAUAAACAAUAAACAAAAAAUACAAACACAAUUAUGUGCUGAGCAUUGCAGCCAGGUGUGAAGAGUCAGUAACCUGAAGCGAGCCCGGACAGGACUUUCACAGUCUUCCAGGAGGGUUUAAAGAGGUUACAAAGAAAUCGGGUUUUCUCACCUUUGUAGGAAGGUGUGAAGGUGGUAAAAGGCGUCAUGUCGUUAGUUCCCAUGUGGAUCCUGAUGUCUGAGGAAGAACUCAGCGGCAGCAUUAUCCUGGAGCAGCCUGGACGCUUUCAGAAGGUGCAAGGCAACGGGCCGCCAAUGGAGCUUCGAUGGUGGGCGGACAUGGUGUAAAGUCGGCUGGAGACCAGUGCAGGAGGAGGAGGGAGCGAUGGAUAAGGCCGCUGGCCCGCGGUUACAGGGCGCGGUGCAGGUGCCAUGUGAAUAGCCUCGAACAGCACCAGCCGCUCCUCAGAGCCUCAGCCUGUGGAGGCCCUGUGUCCAAAUGUUUUUCUGCCACGUGGAUUUAAUAGAGUUUGUGGAUUCUUUCCUCCAACUCUGCAAUCUUUUCGUUGAGAUGGAGAAAGCUCUUGCAGCCAGAUGGGGAGGUCUACCUCCUCCAAGAAGAUAUAUAUGUUAUUUCGGAGACGCUGUGGGGGAAAUCUUUGGAAAGUGUUAGUUUGACAUUAGUAAGGGAACCGCAGGAGCUGUUGGAGCCUCUGAAUCCAUUAAUAACUUGUGUGGUGGGGACCUAUUAUGCAAGUGGUGAAACCUGAGAGUCAGUCACCUGUUCUGCUACCUGAGCCCAGGAUCUGGGGAUGGAAGAGGAGGAAGAGGAGGAGAGAGGAAAGGUAGACGAGCUCACUCCGCUGCCUGCCUGGAGGAUUCAGCUCACAUGGAGAGGGCCUUGGGUGAUGCUGGAAGCUUUAAAGAACCAUGUUGGGUGUUGUUUAUCCAGCAUAUUAAGCCAGUCCAGAGGAGGUAUGUGUGUAUGUGUAUGUGUGUGUGUGAGUGAAUGAAUCAACAGAGAAACUUCACAACCUACUGAAGUGUUUCUACCAAGGCAAUCACUGUUCAAAAUUCCACCAAGGACACAGGCUUGCCUAUGCUUUCAUUUGCCGGGCAUAUUCAGCUCUUAGUCUUCAGGUUGGCUAACACAAGCUCACAGGGUCAUUUGGAUAAAACAUAUUGACUCGGUUGAUGAGUUGUGCUUUGCUCCUUGAUCCCCUUGUCAGCUGAGAGGAGUUUCCGCAGGGGCUUGAGGAAAUACCACUGAGCAUUCUUGGUUACUCACGGACUUCACGGAUCUAUUUUACUCCCCCAGAGUGCAGGAGAGUCUGAACUGUUGCUUUGGUUGAAAGGAGUGGAUAUAAGAGAGGAGCAAGAGUGUAUGUCUGGGUCUUUGACACACAGCUUUAUCAGGUAAGAAAGCUCACUUCAUGUUCAUGUGUACUAUGAGAGUCAGAUAGUGGAUUUUCAGAAUCAUUCAUAUUAUGGUCUGUGUAACAGUAAAUACUUAUUGCUUUACCAGAAAUUAUAAAUGUAUACGUAUACCUUGAAGGAGUGCAGACUUCCUCCAAGGCCAACAGAGCAGUCCUCUUUGAUAUGGAACUGUGGUAGUGCAACUGCAACUGCUGUAACUGUCUGGAUAUAUAUUUCCAUGUCUGUUAAAACUAUUUGAAAAUGUAGUUGUGAGUAGCUUCAGCAUCAUCAGCCCAGCUCGGCAUUUAUUAUCUAAUUCAAAACUAGGAAUUGUUAAUACACUUCAUGCUAAAUAUACUUGUAGAAAAAACACAUUGUAUAAUAGAUAUAAAUGUUUUUUCAUCAUUGACAUAUGUACAGAUAUUACAAAGUUGGAACAGGACAGCUGGUUAUCACAAUAUGCUGGGUUUCUUUUGUUGUUGUUGUUGUUUGGUGAUGGAUCCACUUCAAUGGAUUUUGCCCGGUUAAUGCUACACCCUUCCAAAAAAGCUGGUCACCUCGAGAUGAAAAUAGAAGAAGACAGCUGGUCAAUGUCAUUGGGUUUCUGCAGUUGGACAUCCCCAAGCCUAUCGACACCCAACAUCAAUGAGGCCUCAAGUAAGGAUAUUGCUGCUUCGCUGCACAAGAAUGUGCUGUCAUGGGGCGUGUGGCGGGGGCCAGAUCAGAAGGAGAGUGUGUCUCCUAGAGCAAUAACACACUCUGCUUACUCUCACACUGCAGAAAGAAGGUCUUACAGUGGCGUUUCCAGCCUGUUCAGGACUGCGAGUGUCCCAGAUGUGGUCGGAGGGAGUCCAAAGACAGCUUUUUCUUCUAUUACCAUCGCAACCCGGAAGGUUCUGCCAUCAUUCUCCACCUUAAGGGAACCUGUGUACCCAUCAGCUCCAGCACAACCUAUAAAAGUAUCAACCGUACCUAAGGUAACUUUUGGAAGAGGAGUCUUAUCCCUACCUGUGAGCAGAAUGAGAGUCUCAAACUCCCAGUCGGACAUGUGCAGACAGAAUUCCACCACCAUAACCCCAAAUGACUUCACACAGGCCUACUCACCAGCUGAUGAGUUGGCAUUGAGAGAUCGAGCAAAGAGGAAAGUACAGCUUGUUCGGCACGGACUGAGCCACACAGAUGGCAACAGAAAGCAGGAAACAAUGUAUGGCUCUUUAACGGAUCCGUCCUCGCAGCCUUCCUACAGGUCUUGUGUCCAUCUGGAGGUGCCUCUGAGGUCAGCUAGCUCUGUUGUGUUUUUGGACAAGUCACUUUGCAUUUCCCUUGCAGAACUGGAGGGAAGAAGGGCAAGUCAACCCACUUUGUUCAGGUCAACCUUUUCUGUUCGCCUCUGCGGUUCAUCCUGCAGCAGCUUCUCCAAGAAUAACAAAACAGCCAAAACAAAUUUGGGUUACGGGAGACCCAGAUCAGCCAAAUUGGGCGGUUACAAACAAAAUAUCCAAGAGAGUAAUUCAGGCCCCCCACCCAAGCACAGAGGUGACAAGGUCGAAAAAAUAGCACCUGCUUUGGGUGUUAACAGCAAUGCCUAUGGUUCAGACACACAACACUGUGGUGCAGCUUCAGGAUUAUUGUCAUUCAGAAGGCCGAGCCACUCAAACACUAAGGCUGGAAGGCAGAAGGGGAAUGCUGAUGAGGCAGCUUUCCUUGUCCGGAACAAUUUCAAGCAAAGGCAGUAUACUUCCAAUACCCAGCCAGUGGACUCCACAACCUGCAGCAAACAAACACGAAGCAACAAGACAGAGGAGCGACAUGAACUAGACAGUUCCACAGAGCUUCAAAAAGUCUUCAUUUUGGAGAAGAACCUGUCAAGACCAAAGGCAGAUUCUCUCGAAGAAACAACCCAGACUCUCAGCCUCAAAGAGGCUUUGGAGCUCUUCAGGCCAGACUUCAUCAACCGAUCCCAAGGUCGGGUAAGGAGGUUGGAGCAGAGGGCUGUGAGGAGGAGAGCGCUGCAGGAGUCCAAUCCAGACCUGGUGCAGGACCUGAGGGAGGAGGGAUGCAGACAAUGGAGGAAGUGCACCACACCGGAUCCACUUAGCGAUAACCUUUUCAAGCCUAGAGAGCGGUCUAUAUCAGGCAGAGAGAUGCAGCUGAGGUCCAGACGGAUUUACAACAAGCUGCCAGAAGUGACAAAGAAAAAGGAGGAGGAGAAAAAGAGGGCUGUAUCACAAACCAACAGACUGCGGGCAGAGGUCUUUAAAAAGAGGCUUCUGGACCAGAUCCUACAGAGAUAAACGAGAAACACUGACCCCUGCUCAUGCAUAUUAGAUGCAACUUUGAAUUUAAUCCAGUUAAUCCUCCAUACAAAUCAUUCCUAUUCUUGUGCAAUUGAUUUCUUUUUGUGGAGGCUCAGUUCCUGUUAAAUGUGUUAACAAAGAUUGGAUUUUUCUGUAAUUGGCAACAAGAUUUUGCGGUUUUAAGGCGAGGGGAUGAUACGUUUAAAAUAUUGUCUUACCUGAAUGUAUCUGCACAAUGUUAUUUGACACAUUAUGAAGACACAAGACGAAAAAUAUAUGAUAAAGCCAUUCAUGAGAUGAUAAUUGCAUAUAAUGCUCAUGGUAUAUGCUUUUAACCUAAUGGGUGCAGAUGCUGACAAAGCCCAACCUUUUUACUUACCACUGCAUCCAUAAUUUAAAAACACUGAAGGGUCUGACACUUGAAAUAUUAAAGCAAUGAGUCUGGCAUCCGCCUUCUCUGCCUGAAUGUAAACCCAGCGAUUAAAAUUAAUCAUAUCGUUCUCCUUAUUUCUUUUCUUAUGAUUUGAUUCCUUAUCUUUUCAUCACUUUCCACUAAUGUGUCUCUAAAUGAAAUAAAAGCAUUCUAAGGACA